CUCGAUAUCCGCGCUAUGACGGAUGGGAUACCACCACAAGCAGAUAGCGGCCUCCCCCAGAGGCAAGCUCAGGUCCUGGCGCAUCCUUCAGUCGCGGCCCAGCAGCUCCGACCUCACGCAGCCAUGGGUCCGUACUCCACCGCCCUCGUCCUCCUGGCCUGCGGCCUGGCCGCCGCACACGCGCUGCCGCCCCGCAGGGUUCCCCGCGAGGCCCUCGGCAGCUGGGGUGGCAUCACGCCCUACAUCGUGAACGGCACCAAGGCCGACAUCAAGGACGUGCCCUACCAGCUCUCCAUGGAGCAGCUCUUCAUGCACGUGUGCGGCGCCUCCAUCGUCAGCGAGAACUACGCCGUGAGCGCAGCCCACUGCGUGGCCGGCGCGAGCCCGUGGAUGAUCCGCGUGCGCGCUGGAUCCACCUGGACCUUCCUGUUCAACUGGAUGGGCAAGACCUCCGGCAUCAAGAACGUCUGGUACCACUCCGGCUUCACCUUUGACAAGAUGGACCAUGACGUGUCCGUGCUGCAGCUCAAGAAGACCCUCUCCUUCGGGCCCACCAUCCAGCCCAUCGCGCUGCCCGCCGCCGGCGAGGAGCUGCCCUCGGGCGCCACGGGCGUCGUGUCCGGCUGGGGCACACUCUCGGAGGGCGCACUGCUGACGGCCUUCCACCUGAGGAAGCUGGAGAUCCCACUCUGGACCAAGGACGAGUGCGCCAAGCUGUACGCGAAGCCCCAGACCGCCGUCACGGAGAACAUGCUCUGCGGAGGAAACUUCGAGGGUGACUCCUGCCAGGGCGACUCUGGCGGCCCGCUGGUGUCAGGUGGAAAGCUUGUUGGUAUUGUGUCAUGGGGAGAGGGCUGCAACGAAAACGGCAAACCCGGUAUCUACAGCAAGGUUUCAUCAAGUGACAUUCGCAGCUUCAUUCAGGAGCACGCUAACCUGUAGGCAACAAUCGGGUGUCUGGGACAUCUGGGACUCGUCAAGUACACAGUAAAAUCUGAAAUGCCAGAGAA